UAAUGAUAAGUAGAGUAAAGACAAAAAGGCGUUGAAAACUCCGAACUGAUAAUAAUAAUAAUAAAUAAUAACGAUUUAUUGGUGAUUAUUAUUGUGAAAGAUUGGUACUGGAUUGAAUUUGAGAUCGCAGAAAUGGAAAAGAGGUUUAAGGGGAAGGUGGCCAUCGUUACGGCUUCGACUCAGGGAAUCGGGUUCGCCAUAGCUGAGAGGCUGGGCUUGGAAGGUGCUUCCGUCGUCAUCUCUUCUCGCAAGCAGCAAAAUGUUGACGAGGCUGCAGAGAAACUUAGGGCUAAAGGAAUUGAAGUUUUGGCCCUUGUUUGCCAUGUCUCCAACGAUCAACAGAGAAAGGAUUUGAUUCAAAAAACCGCACAGAAGUAUGGAAAGAUAGAUGUGAUUGUGUCAAACGCAGCUGCAAAUCCUUCUGUUGACCCCAUUUUGCAAACCAAAGACUCUGUUCUUGACAAGCUUUGGGAGAUUAAUGUCAAAGCCUCUAUACUUCUUCUCAAGGAUGCAGCUCCUCACUUGCACAAAGGCUCAUCUGUGGUUAUUGUUUCCUCCAUCGCCGGAUUCAAUCCUCCUGCUUCUAUGUCUAUGUAUGGAGUGACCAAAACAGCCCUUUUUGGACUUACCAAAGCCCUGGCUGCUGAGAUGGCCCCAAACACUCGUGUAAACUGUAUUGCUCCCGGUUUUGUGCCAACUAAUUUUGCCUCGUUUAUUACCAGUAAUCAAGCUAUUAGGCAAGAGCUUGAAGCAAAGACAUUGCUUGGAAGGCUUGGUACAACUGAAGACAUGGCGGCUGGGACAGCUUUUUUGGCAUCUGAUGAUGCUUCUUAUAUCACAGGGGAAACUCUAGUCAUUGCUGGGGGAAUGCCAUCGAGGCUGUAGCUUACGGUUUUCUUCUUUUUGCUGUCUGAUAUAAUUCUGUACCCAAGGGGAAAAUAAAUAUUCUGGUUGUGUUAUUUGUAUGUUUAAAAAGUGGGUGUUUAUUGAUACCCCAGAAAAUAAGAAUUUGAGUGUUAGAAUA